GAAAACCUCCGCCACAGAAAUGAAAUGUAGAGACGAGGAAGAAGAUCAGUGAAUCUCAAUGAAGAACCUCACCAUCCUGCAAAGGAUGGCUACCUUAUCGCUACCCACUUCACGCUCUCUCUUCGCGCGUUCUCCCAAUUCCACUUUCUCUUCCCUCACUAAACGCCGCCAAUUUCCCACUGCCCUUUUCGUAUUCUCCCCUGCCACCAGGCGCAGCAGUUUCAGCUGCAUCUCCGCCGUCGCCACUGAUUCUCCCGACACACAACUCAAACCUCUCGCUGAUGAUGAUAAUGAGAAUAGCGCCCAGAAGGAGAGAAUUGUUCUCCCUACUAAUGAGUCGUCUGAGAGGCUCCUCAGAAUCCGCCACACGUGUGCUCAUGUGAUGGCCAUGGCUGUUCAAAAGAUCUAUCCAAAUGCAAAAGUAACUAUUGGGCCGUGGAUUGAGAAUGGGUUUUACUAUGAUUUUGAUAUGGAGCCUCUGACUGACAAGGACCUCAAGAGGAUUAAGCAGGAGAUGGAUCGUAUCAUCAGGAGAAAUUUGCCCCUAAUUAGGGAAGAAGUCAGCAGAGAUGAAGCUCAGAGAAGAAUUACGGCUGUGAAUGAACCUUACAAGAUUGAGAUUUUGGAUAGUAUCAAGGAGGAACCCAUAACCAUCUAUCAUAUUGGUGAUGAAUGGUGGGAUCUUUGUGCUGGGCCGCAUGUUGAAUCUACUGGAAAUAUUGACAGGAAAGCUGUUGCACUUGAAUCUGUUGCCGGUGCUUACUGGAGGGGAGAUGUAAGUAAGCCGAUGCUCCAAAGGAUUUAUGGUACAGCAUGGGAGACUGAAGACCAAUUAAAGGCAUUUAUUCACUUCAAAGAAGAAGCUAAGCGCCGGGAUCACCGACGACUUGGCCAAGAUCUUGAUCUCUUCUCUAUUCAGGAUGAAGCUGGUGGAGGUUUAGUAUUCUGGCAUCCGAAGGGAGCUGUUGUGAGGCACAUAAUAGAAGAUGCGUGGAAAAGGAUCCAUAUAGAGCGUGGAUAUGAUCUGCUAUAUACUCCACACGUGGCAAAGGCAGAUCUUUGGAAGAUAAGUGGCCAUCUGGAUUUCUACAAAGAGAAUAUGUUCGAUCAAAUGGAGAUCGAGAAUGAGCAUUAUCAGCUUCGACCAAUGAAUUGUCCUUACCAUAUUUUGGUUUACAAAAGGAAGCUACACUCAUAUCGGGAUUUCCCAAUCCGGGUAGCAGAGCUGGGAACGGUGUACAGAUAUGAGUUGUCUGGGAGCUUACAUGGCCUUUUCCGUGUACGAGGCUUUACACAGGAUGAUGCACACAUAUUUUGCUUAGAAGAUCAAAUUAAAGAUGAAAUCCGGGGUGUACUAGAUCUUACAGAGGGAAUUUUGCAACAAUUUGGUUUUGAUAAUUAUGAGGUCAACCUUUCAACAAGGCCCGAGAAAUCCGUGGGAGACGAUGAUAUAUGGGAAAAAGCAACUUCUGCACUUAAGGACGCUUUGAAUGACAAAGGUUGGACUUAUCAGAUCGAUGAAGGAGGUGGUGCCUUUUAUGGUCCUAAGAUCGAUCUCAAAAUUGAGGAUGCUCUAGGAAGAAAGUGGCAAUGCUCAACCAUACAGGUGGAUUUUAAUUUGCCGGAGCGUUUUGACAUGACAUAUGUUGACUCGGACCAAGAGAAGAAGCGCCCAAUCUUAAUCCACCGAGCUGUUCUUGGAUCUCUGGAGCGGUUCUUUGGAGUCCUAAUAGAGCAUUAUGCCGGCGAUUUUCCUUUAUGGCUUUCUCCAAUCCAAACUCGACUUAUACCCGUGACUGACACACAGCUCGAGUUUUGCUACGAGGUCGAGAAGAGACUAAAGGCGAGUGGCAUUCGUGCAGAGGUUUGCAGCGGUGAGCGUUUACCGAAGCUCAUUAGAAACGCUGAGAAGCAGAAGAUCCCGUUGAUGGCUGUUGUCGGGCCGAAAGAAGUGGAAACUGAUGCAGUGACAAUCAGAUCAAGAUUUGGUGGUGAAUUAGGGACCAUGCAGAUUGAUGACUUCAUCAGAAAAGCCAAGAAUGCAAUUGAAAACAGAACAUUCUUUUGAAGUGUAGUAUACUUUUGACAGUCCAACUCGCUGUGUAAUGCGUUUAUACAAACCUGAAAUAACCGAAAAACAUGUACACAAUUAUCUGGUUCUUCACGAAAUAUCAUCAUUUUGAUGAAAAUAAAUUAUUUAUUAUAUUAAUCCAA